CUCCCGGAUAGUGGUAGCGGAAAGCGAUAGAACCCCCCACGGCCUCACACGUCACCGCAUCCCAGUCCCCCGAGUCCGUCGACAGCGACUGCCCCGUCGCCGGAGAAAAUGACGUCGACCCUGGUCGCCGCCACCUCCCGCCCUCUCCACCUUCCCGCCUCCCUCCGUUCCCUCUCCUCGCCGCCUCCUGUGGCCCGCCCUGGCGGCGGCGGCCGCCGCCGCCGCGCGGUCCUGCGCUGCGCCUCGGUGUCCGAGAUCGCGCCCGCCGUGUCCGCCGCCUACGGCGCCCUCCUCGUGGGCGGCGGCGCGUUCGCAUAUGCGCGGUCGGGGAGUAAAGGCUCCAUCCUUGGAGGGGCCUCCGGAUCUGCGCUCAUGGGCCUCACAUAUUAUCUGAUGCAGUUUUCGGAGACGAAGGCACUAGGUGAUGCUGUUGGAUUUGGGUCUGCCUUUCUGUUUGCCUCAGUGUUUGGUAUCAGGUUGUACAAUACCCGGAAACUGGUGCCAUCCGGCCUUCUUUUAGCUCUCUCUCUAGGUGCCCUGGGAGUCUUUUACGCUGCUUACUUGCAAGACAAGGUGUGAGCUAAUCGCUUCACCAUCUCUUGUUUUCUGUACUACUAACUGAAGAAGCUUCCUUCAAGGUUCCCUCUCAUAAAUGGAAAAAAUUUGGGGCCGAGCACCGACGGUCGGUGUUCCUCCCAACGUUGUAGUCUCAACAAACAGCAUUUAGUGCCCCUCUGUUUGUUGCCAAUGAUAAGCUGUGGCCAAGCUUUCAUUCGCCGAUA